AUGUCAAGCGCCAACAACAAAACUUCGGACGACCCUGGCGAUAACACCAUCACCAUUGGGAUCGACUUUGGCACUACCUACUCAGGAGUCGCGUACACUUGGUCGAAGAAGUUAGCUCGAAUUGAGAUUAUCACGAGCUGGGAUUCCGACCUUCACUCCAAUGCCGACCUGGAGAAAGCCCCAACCGCCAUUUCUCUAGACUCGGACAAACAUGUACUGUGGGGCUAUUCCAUUCCCCACGAGUUUGGGCAGAUCCGCUGGUUCAAGCUUCUUUUGAUCGACAAGAAUGAUCUCCCUAAUGACGUUCAGAAUUCUCCCAAGAUCGCGGAAGCAGUCGCGUAUUUGGAGAAGCAUAACAAGUCCGCAAUCGACAUCGUCAGCCUUUACCUUCGCCAUAUCUGGAACCAUGCCACCCAGCGAAUCAUGGAGACUAUCAGCAAAGACAUGGUAUGCUCUUCGAAACUCGAAAUCGUCAUCACGCUGCCAGCCAUUUGGCCUGCCUAUGCAGUCGGACGCAUGAGACAAGCCGCUAGAAUUGCUGGUAUGCUUGGGGAUCGGGAUCCUGGUCCGACCAUUCUCACGUUCGUUUCGGAGCCGGAGGCGGCUGCGCUCGCGACUCUCUCCGAUAUGCAGGGCCGUCAUGACAUCAAGAUAGCUUUCGUCGUGGUUGAUUGUGGUGGAGGAACGGUGGAUCUUAUCAGUUAUGAUAUGGUUAGCCUUUCCCCAGCGACGGUCAAAGAAUGUGUCAAGGGUCAGGGUGGACUUUGCGGCGCUGUCUUUGUUGACGAGGCCUUCACCGAUAUCCUCAAGCGCAAAUUUGGCAAAAACAAAUGGCGGAAGCUUGGGGAUGACGCACGCCACCGUAUUCAGCAUGACGAAUGGGAGAAUGGGAUCAAAACUCAGUUUGACGGUUCAUACAGGGAGUGGAAGUUCACCAUGCCCUGGGAGUGUCUUGAACAUGUUGACCUCAAGUCUGGUACCCUUAUCCCCAAGAUCGUGAUUACUUCAGAUGAGAUUCAGCGUGCUUUCGAUCCUGUCCUAGACAAGAUAUUUGUCAUGGUUCAAGAGCAGGUGGCCGCGGUGACUCGGAAGAAGGGACAUGGUCCAAAGGUAAGUACAGGCUACACUUUCUGUAUUGAAGAGGCUAACGCGCCACGCAGUAUGUCAUUCUUGUUGGUGGCUUUGGGCGUUCAAGAUAUCUCUUUUCUUAUCUUAAGAAGAAGCUUGGAGAUGAGAUUGAGAUACUUCAAUCUCGCGGCGCCAGCCCGUAGGUUUCCCAUUGUUCUUGUUGGCAUGACUCGGUUUGCUGACAAUUCUGUGUUCAUAGCUGGACCGCCAUCUGCCGCGGAGCUGUAA